AUGGCUAGGAACAACACGCGUGCCAUAGGCUCCUCCCGUGCGACCAGCCCGCGGGUCGCCCAUGAGGACAGGCAAGCAAUCGAAUCAGCGCCCACAGGAGACUCAAUAGCCUUGCCAACAGAGUUCGCGGAGGAACGACCAAGUAUCCUCCACGAAAUUGAGGCCCAGCUAGACGCAGCCCGCAAUCAGCGGGUUGACCCGGCAAGUAUCGACCAACACGUCGCGAAGAUUAAGAGCUUGCAUGAGUAUGUCCAGGCCCUCCGCGACACCGAUUCGGCCCAUGAAAAGAAACGAAAGGCCGAAGAAAACGAGUUCCUGAAACGGUUGUCCAAACUGGUCAAUCACCCUGCGCCUGUCCUGCGAGAAGCUUCCCAACGGAAGUUCGACAUCUGGGUGCAAGAAGUUCAGCGGAUAUUCUAUUCGCAUGACGUUCUUAAGGACCACGACCGCAGGAUCUCGUGGCUUAUGGGGGGAAUCGCUUGGAAUGAGGCCACAGAGCCCAUGCACAAGCGGGUCGCACUCCGCCAGAGAGAGGUCCACCUCAAAGGUGCCCUCACAUGGGAGGAGUGUAAACAGAUCCUCCAAGACACGGUGCAAAGUCCCCUCGCUCGCGAGGCGGACGUAGCUCAUUCAUACUACAACACCGUGAUGAGGGAGAACCAGACGUUCGACCAAUUCCUUUCGCUGAUAAUGUGCAUGGAAGAGACACUGGAAGUGGAAUACACAAACAUUCUCCAGGACAAAUGCCAUAAGCUCUCCUUGGACUUCCGUAAGUUCCGUACUCGCGAAGAGUUCUGGGACAAGAUUCGCUAUAUUGAGCGGGUCAUCCGGGCUACCCGGGAGGCCCGUCACAAUAAGCGGCGUAUUGCGGCCGAGAAGAGUACGAAGAAGCGCAGCAGGAGCUCCAGCGGAUCUAUGGAUCGCGGCCGGAGCACUAAACGCAGGGGUAUAACACUCUUUUCCCGGUCCCCUCGUGGGAACACCCCGCAGGACCGGAACGCCACAAAGCCUAGGGAUUCGUACUCGAAUAGUAAGGGUAAUCACCCAAACCAGAAGUUCGACUCUAAAAGGGGCGGCGGGUUUAACAAGGACAAAAAGGAGGUAAGUACAAACAAGCCUCCUCGGAAGCCUAACUCGGGAAACUCGCAGCCCUAG